UGUGGUACUCAUACACGACAGUUAGUCAGAGAAACAUACCACAGUGUAAAUCCAAGGACAACAACAGUAUAACAGGACAGUCGGCACUCCAGGAUGAAUUUCGCUGCUCAGAUUUUCUAUGCAAAUUAUAUCGGUGAUGGGUCACCAAAGCGAGUGGAAUUCAGCGACAAUGAAGAGUAUGACCCCUUCUGGCAAAGCAAGGAAGAGCGUUUAAGCCCCAAGAAAAUAACUACCUCAGCCCAAGAUGGUCAUUGUGAGAAGAAAUGCCCCGUCAGCAAUGGUGCUGUGGGCCGUCGACCUACACUCAUUUGUCCUGAACGUCUUAAGGACUUUGGUGCAGAGGAAUACCUCAAUGGGGAUGUAAAAUUUUCUGAAUCUAAGGUGGCGAAGGCACCAGAGAUACAACUAAUGUGCCCAGUCAAGCCGAGCAAAAAGUGUGGCAGUGUGUGCACAUCCACAAUCAACCUUCCUGCCGAGUACCUUCGCUUUGAAGAGAUUAGCAUGGCAGCAUUUAAAAUUCAGCCAGGGGUGCAAAAGACGCCAUGCACAUACUCUAGGUUGUCCAAGCAAUAUGGCAUGGAGAUCUUCAUGAAAAAGGAACACCUGAACUAUACUGGAUCUGUGAAAGAGAGAGGAGUACUUCACCUCCUUACCUCCCUAAAACCAGAUCAGCAGAGGAAAGGUGUUAUUGUGGCCACAGACUGUAACUUCUCCCUGGCAGUUGCAUAUCAUGCUGCUGAGCUGCGGAUUCCUGUGUUUGUCAUCAUGCCAGCGAACAGCUCCCAGUCUCGACUACGCAUGUACCGUGAAUAUGGGGCCAUGGUGAUUUCAUAUGGCAGCACAGCGCAUGACUCUCAGCACCAUGCGCACCAUUUGGCAAAUGAGAAUGGUUACCUUUGCCUUGAGGAGGAUGACCGCGCAGUGUACUUGGCAGGACUGGGCACAGUGGGUAUGGAGAUCUAUGAGCAGGUGCCCAAACUGGAUGCAGUUAUCAUACCUGCAGGUGGGCAGUGUGGCCUCCUGGCAGGUGCAGCUGCAGCAAUCAAGCAUCUAAAUCCCAACAUAUCAGUCAUAGGAGUAGAACCAGAGGAGUUUCCCCUCUUACUCCAAUCUCUUAAAACGGACUCUCCAAUUAAGGAUCUCUAUGGCAACCCAAACAGAAAGCUCUACAGAGAUCUGGUAGCACAUUCCAUGGGGACAAACUCUUUCCAGCUUGCCAAGAAGCUUGUGAACAAAGUUGUCACAGUGAGAGAGGAAGAUGCCCUGGUCGCUAUGCUGAGGUUUCAGGAGUAUGAACGAUCCAUGGUUGACAUGGAGGGAGCCAUGGGAUUGGCAGCUAUCAUAGCUGGGCUGCUGCCAGAACUUAAAGGUAAAAGGGUAACAAUAGUUGUCAGCAGUGCUAACAUGGAGCUGGACCUUGUGAGACAUUGUGUGGACCGGGCCUUGUUCUUAGAUGAUCGUGUCAGCCGAUUCACAGUACAUAUUGGUGAAUGGCCUGGAGAAUUGGCCAAAUUGCUAGAUAUGCUAGCUCGUGAAGAUAUUAGGUUGUUGGAUAUUUGUAACAGGAGAUACAGUGACAAAGCAGAUCUCUUUAAAACCCAGGUGGAGUGUGUGGUGGAAACCAGGGAUAAGACACAAAAUUGCCAGCUAAGACGAACACUCUCAGAACGCUACCCUACACUGUGUUGGAUGGAUCGGUGACCCCAAUUAUAGAGCCACUGCUAAACAUAGAGCUAAACAUAUUCCUUUACACAGACACAGAACCUGAGUGCAGGAAAAAGAGGAGUUGCAAGUUUUGAGUCACAACAUGUAUGCACGUAGUUCACUGUAGACCUUCUCUGAGAAUGAAAACAGCUGGCAGAGAUUACAAACAUUUCUGCAAAAACAUGUAGGACACUACUUUCCAUCAAUGGUCAUUCAAAGAGUCAUU